AGUUGAAAAGGAGUAGAAAGCAACCCUCAUUUGAUAUCAAUUUUCCAUCGCUCUCUUUUAUUUCCGUGCCUGGGCUGAAGAUUGUAACUAAGGCAGAGACUACUCUGCCUUAGAAAACUAAUUUUCUUUUUAUAUAAAUAAAUGGCGUUUCAAGAUUUCGACCUCAUCUCAGAACGACGCAAAAAUGAGAAGAAACAACAACUGAAGAAGAGGAUCCUCAUUGGUGUUCUUUCUUCCGUUGUCCUCGUCGGUCUUAUAGGUUGUGCAUUCUUUGUUGCCACCUCCAAAUACGGUGGUGGUAGCAACAAAGACAAUGAACCGUCUCAAACUUCUAGUUCUAACAAGCAUGUUGCACAUUCAGAAAAGAUUGUAAAAUUGGUAUGCAGUUCUGCAGAUUACAAAGAAAAAUGUGAAGACCCUCUUAACAAGGCAGUGGAGAAAGAUCCUAAACUUCAACACCCUAAAGACCUUCUCAAAGUCUAUGUAAAAAUUGUUGAAGACGAGGUUAACAAAGCCUUCAACAAAACAAACACUUUCAAAUUUGAAAGUGAAGAAGAGAAAGGUGCAUUUGAGGAUUGUAAACAACUUUUUGAAGAUGCUAAGGAGGAUUUACAAGCCUCAAUCUCCCAACUUAGUGAAAUUGAAUUCAAGAAACUUUCUUCAAAAACUCCUGACUUGAACAGUUGGCUAAGUGCUGUCAUCUCUUUCCAACAAACAUGUAUUGAUGGUUUUCCUGAAGGAAAACUAAAGACUGAUCUUCAGAACCUGUUUGUGGAUUCCAAGGAAUUUGUUAGCAAUUCCCUUGCUAUCGUUUCUCAGGUUUCUACAUUCCUUUCUACAAUGCAGACAUUUGGACGUGGCCGUAUGUUGUUGUCAGAUAACUCUAACUCACCAGUUGCUUCUUUGGAUUCUGAUGGAUUUCCUUCUUGGGUUCAUUCUGAGGAAAGAAGGGUGUUGAAGGCUUCUAGUAUUAGACCUACACCUAAUGUCACUGUUGCACAAGAUGGCACUGGUGACUUCAAAACCAUCUCUGAAGCUUUAGCAGCCAUCCCUGCAAUCUACCCCGGAAGGUAUGUGGUUUAUGUUAAAGAAGGAGUAUACGACGAGACUGUGACAAUAACAAAGAAAAUGCAAAAUCUAACCAUGUAUGGUGAUGGAUCACAAAAGAGUAUUAUCACUGGUAGCAAAAACUUUAGGGAUGGUGUUAGGACAUUCCUAACUGCAAGUUUUGUGGUGCUAGGAGAAGGAUUUUUGGGUCUAGCAAUGGGAUUCAGAAACACAGCUGGUCCUGAUGGACAUCAAGCAGUGGCAGCCAGAGUCCAAGCCGACCGUGCAGUGUUCGCCAACUGUCGUUUCGAGGGAUACCAAGACACUCUAUACACACAAACACAUAGACAAUUCUACCGCAGUUGCAUCGUUUCAGGAACAAUUGAUUUCAUCUUUGGUGAUGCAGCAGUUGUGUUCCAAAAUUGCAUCAUGGUUGUUAGAAGACCAAUGGACAACCAACAAAACAUGGUCACAGCACAAGGAAGAAUGGACAAACAACAAGCAACUGGAACUGUCCUACAUAAGUGUCAAAUCAAAGCUGAUGAAAAACUUGUUCCUGUUAAAGACACAAUCAAAAGUUACCUUGGUAGACCAUGGAAGGAAUUCUCAAGAACCAUUGUUAUGGAAAGUGAAAUAGGUGAUUUUAUUCACCCUGAUGGAUGGACACCUUGGAUGGGAAACUUUGCAUUAGAUACAUUGUAUUAUGCUGAGUUUAAUAACACUGGACCUGGUGCUAGUACUAGUGCUAGAGUUAAGUGGCCUGGUUACAAAGUUAUUGACAAAGAAGAAGCUAGCCAAUACACUGUAGGAGCUUUCUUGAAAGGUGCAUGGGUUCAAACCUCUGGUGUACCAUCUCAACAAGGAUUGUACUUUUAAGUUUUAAGUCAAUGUUUCGACUCACAGUGCUGCCGAGAUUUUGUUGAAGCUUUAAAGGGUAGCUUACUGUGAAUCUGUUAAAUUCAAACAUGCACUAAAUGUUUUUGGUUGGUUAUUUAUUGGUUUCAAAUGUCACUAUUUGAGUGAGUUUGUUUGAUGAUUCGUGUUCAACCAAAUGAGUACACAUAUGUGCAAACAUAAUUAGUGGCAAAGAUCUAUGUCUUUUGUACUCUCAAUGAUUUUGAUUACUGAGAUGAAUUGUAAUCUUUUUCGUUUUUCUUUUCA